UCGGCAUUGCAACACCGAGGCUCCGCCCACUGCAUGACGACACCACGCGGAGGAAUAAUGUGACAAAGCGGAGCCGGCGGUAGUCCCGAAACCGGAGACCGGAGCCAGACCGGGUCCGGCGGAGCUUCGGGAAAGCAGCGGGAGUCCGACCGGACAGGAGGAGCCGCGCGGAGCCGCCGUCCCUCACCGGAAGUGAAGGAGGAAAAAGUUGGAGCCGUUUUUGAUCAGAGAACCGGAGCGGAUCCCGGAUUCUCCAGCCCCCCUAACUCCGGUCUGAACGCGCCGUGAACCCCAGGUUUCCGGGAAAGGUGAGAGGCCACGAACAAUGAGCGUCACCGCCGACACAACCCGCUCUCAGGAAUGCCUGAAGAGGAUGCUGGAUGAGCCACAGGACGGCACGUCAAAGAGGAAACGCUGUUUGACUCCACCCCCUCCAUCCACUGGCCACUCCCCUUGGCUCAAGCCCAGAAACCAUGCCUCCAAAUCUCUCCGAAAUGCACCCCCCCGCCAGGUGGGCGCAUACCUCCUCCUAGAGCACAGUGAAAAGGACGACGCCUACAGAGCGGUGCACGAGGACGGACGGCAGCAACACACCUGCCAGGUCCUCCCCCUGCAGGGUCACCAGGAAACGCUGGCGGGCUACAGCCGCAUCGGGAAGCACAGCAACGUCUGCAGUCUGUUGGAUGUGGUCACACGUCAAGACGGCGUCUACGCCUUCCUGCCCCGUCACCAUGGUGACAUGCACGCAUACGUUCGCAACAGGAAGCACUUGGACGAGGAGGAGGCGCGGCGAUUCUUCAUCCAGAUGGUGAGCGCAGUGGCGCAUUGUCACGGGCAGGGCGUGGUCCUGAGAGACCUGAAGCUGCGGCGGUUUGUCUUCACAGACAAACACAGGACUCAUCUAGCGCUGCUGGGCCUCAGUGACUGCGUGGUUCUGUAUGGUGACCAUGACGACGACUCUCUGGUGGACAGACAUGGAUGCCCCGCCUACGUGGGCCCUGAGCUGCUGUGCAGCGGACACAGGUCCUACUCGGGCCGGGCCGCAGACGUCUGGAGCCUGGGGGUGUCCCUGUACACCAUGCUGGUGGGCCGGUACCCAUUUCAGGACACACAACCUGCAGCGCUGUUCGCCAAGAUCCGGCGGGGAGCGUACAGUCUGCCCGGCUGGCUGUCGCCACAGGCCAAGUGCCUGAUCGGCUGCAUGCUGCGGAAGGAGCCCAGCGAGAGGCUGACGGCGUCCGAGCUGCUGAUGCAUCCGUGGCUGACCGAGCCGUGCACGCCACACCCAAGCGUGCACAAGACCUUUCACAGCCGAGGCACGACGGCGGCCGACACGCAGGACAGCCACGAGCAAGUGGUCCCGACGUGGACGGAGGAGCGCCAGCAGGAGAAUCCCGCGGACUCCCUGUCGGGUGUGCUGCAGGCGGGAACGCACACCAGCUGAAAACCUGCUGAGACGGCAGCGUCCUGGAAACCUUGAACCUCUAGUGCCUGACUCCCAUGGGUCUCCUGGACAUUCAGGUCCACCUGUAGCCCCGCCCCCUGCAGCGUCUGGGGUCACGGAUGAAGCUGCUGAUGUUGGAAAAGUUGAUCAGCAUUAAACCUGUUCUUUUCUCCAGUUUCCAUGGCAACAAAGAGAAAAGGAAGAAAAUUAAGUUUUAAAAAAAUAUUUUUCACUGAUGAUCCACCAUGAAGCUGCAGCGGAGAGUCUGUAACCACAGACAGCUCAGUCAUGAACAUCUUCAGCAGUUUGUCCGAUCCUCCAGACAGCAGCAGGAAAACCAUGUUUGUAAUUCUGCUGAAAUAAAUCUAAUUUAUUGACA